AUGAUUGAGAAAGAAGCAUUGACUAUAUCUUAUUGUGCUACACGUAUGAAAUUAUAUUUAUUAGGUCGUGAAUUUAUAGUCGCAACUGAUAAUUGUCCAUUACGUGAUAUGCACAAAAAGCCAUCGAAUAAUCGUCGUGUUGAUCGUAAAUGUAAUUGUAUGACAGAUUAUUUAACUCGUUAUUCUCGCCAAUUGGAACAUGACGAUGCAUUUUUAGAUUCUGAUUUUGGUAUUCUACUAGCAAUAGAAAAUGAUGUAGAUAAGAAACCAAUAAACAACUACGACUUAGUUGCUUCAUCUUUUAUUAGUGCUGUUACAACUCGAGCUCAAGCCAAAGCACAAGCACAUCAAAUACCAUCAAAUAGCAGUGAUAAUUCUUCAAAUCAUGUACUAUUAAUAGAUGAUUCAUCUCAACAAGAAGGAAGUCAUGAUUCUGAUAUUACAAAAAUUGUCGAAGCUCAAAAAGAAGAUAAGUUAUGUCAGGAAAAAAUUCUAGAACUUAAUAAAAAUCCAUUACAUUACCUUUAUAUUUUAGAGAACGACAUAUUAUACAAAACAAUUAAUCAUGGCAUGUUCACACAAAGACUAAUAUAUAUACCAUCUUCAAUGAUUCAACAACUAUUAUAUGCUUAUCAUGAUAGUCCAUGGGCAGGACACGUCGAUUAUUAUCGAAGAUGUUUAAAACUAAAAGAUAAAUAUUGGUGGCCAAACAUGAAAUUUACUAUUAAAAAUUAUAUUGAAACUUGUAUGUUAUAUCAACGAUUUAAUAUUGAUCGUAAAAAACCUGCUGGUUUAUUACACUCUAUCAAACCACCCUAA